AAAAACAGAAUAAAGUAAAAAGUAUAUAAAAACAUAUCUGACUCAUCAAAGUCAAAAAUGAACUAAUCUAUGAGAAAUAAUGCUGAGGUUAGUUUACGAUGUAUUAGCUAACUUUGGUUCAAUAUAUUGUUGUUGUAGUAAUUGUUAAAAUCGCCACCGAUGUUGUGAAUGUAACUGAUGGAGAGUCAAUGUCUCUGAACUGCACCAUAAGUGGUGAUGGAAGUUAUACCUGGGAACGUCAGGAUGGAAUCGAGGUCGAAAAUGCAAAAAGACAGGUUAAAGGAGGAGGACGACUGCUUGAAAUUAUUGAUGCGGCCAUUGCAGAUUCUGGUGCCUACACCUGUAAAGUAGGCGAAAUCUCUCACACCAUCACGCUACAGGUUCUUGUUCAAGUCAAGGUGGAAAUGGCCCUGAAGGUUGAAAAUUACAACUACACGAAAGAGCUGGAGAAUAAGUCAUCGUCACAAUACGAGGCAAUCGCGAAAAACUUUACCGAGGAGAUGGACAUCGUUUACAGAAAUACUUUAGGAUACAUGAGAACGGAGGUUUUGAAAUUGACGAAAGGAAGUGUGGUAGUGGAUUUCAACAUUAUCAUUCAAAUUGUAACAACCGAUCCAAAAAAUGAAACAACUACCGUAGAUAAAAAGGCCUCAGUCGUCCAGACAACAAUUAAAGAAGCCAAAGAUGGGUUUGUAGGACGGCUAAAAGCUUCCAAAGUUAUUCCAAAGACCGAACCUCCAGAGCCUAAUGGUGUGGAGAUCUUUGAUAUCAAAUCAGAUGAGCUGAGCAUUCGAUGGAAACCGUCGGAAGAUGCUGAAACUUUCGACGUUCGCACUUACUCGGUGCAAUACAGAGCAUAUGGUGAAAAGACCUAUAGCGAGCAUAAUCAAACAGCAACCACUGAAACUACAGACCAUUCUUACAGGAUUAAGUCUCUCGAACCUGAGACUGUCUACAUGAUACGGGUCGGUGCUGUUAACCCGUAUGGACCCAACUUCAACGAGGAAACUGGCCAUGAAACCGAACCCGCACCUUUGGCAUGGUGGAUUAUUGUCUUGGCCGUGUUAGGUGUACUCUUGAUUCUUGGCAUACUCAUCGGCAUUAUUGUGUACAGACGGAAGAAAGCGCGGGAAAGAAAGAAAAGAGAAACUCGAUUUCGAGCUCUAAAGAACAAAGUCGCAGUUUGCCAUGAUGAGGAUGUUGGAGGAUUAACAUACUCGUUUACAAACGCUGCUUACAGGUCGGGCGAGAUGAACUGGGAAGAGUUUCCCUACGAGAAUAUUAAACUGUUGAGUGAACUAGGUUCGGGAGCCUUUGGCGUCGUUUUUAAAGGAGAGCUGUUACAAGAUAACGGGAAAAUCAUUCCUUGCGCUGUAAAAGCUUUAAAAC